GUUACUUUUUGAAAUACAGAUAAUUGCAUCCUUCAUAGUAUAUUGUUUAGUCUAAAAUCCGUAAAUUUUCGUAGCUUCCAAAUAUACUUUGUCUCUCUCUUAAUCAAUACUAGUAUGUAUUUGGAGAUUGACAUUAGCGUUGCUUUGUGUGCUCCUUUUCUUGUAAAGUAGGACCAACUUCUCAAUAUAUUCACACACACACAUAGAAUCUGAGUCUAUAUAUAUGAAGCAUUUGGGGAGAUUAUAACAACUCAGAAAUCCGACAGAAAUGAACGCGAAUGCGUCGUUUAGCAUUCUGGUGGUGGUGGUAGUGGUGCUAACGUGCGCUCCGCGGUGCAUUAUCUCGCAGCAGCGGCGCGUGAACAUGACCCUCGUCAGGAACGCUUCGUCGAUCGGCGCAUAUUGCUUGGACGGAAGUUUGCCGGCGUAUCAUUUUGACAGGGGAUUCGGGGCGGGGGCGCGCAACUGGCUUUUGCAAUUUGAGGGUGGUGGGUGGUGCAACGACGUCAAAUCCUGCCUCGACAGAGCCUCUACUCGUCAUGGAUCCACUCUUCACAUGUCUAAGGUUGAGGUGUUUUCCGGCAUUUUGAGCAACAACGCCUCCUUUAACCCUGAUUUUUACAACUGGAACCGUGUAAAGCUAAGAUACUGCGAUGGUGCCUCCUUUGCUGGGGAUGCUGUAUUUGAUAAUGGAACAUCAUUGCUUUAUUUCAGAGGCCAGAGAAUAUGGAAAGCAAUCAUUCAUGAUCUUCUCCCCAAAGGCUUAGGCCAAGCAAGAAAGGCUUUGCUAUCUGGUUGCUCUGCCGGGGGUUUGGCCACCUUCGUGCAUUGUGACGACUUCACUAGCUAUUUGCCAGCAAAUGCAAGUGUCAAAUGUCUAAGCGAUGCUGGCUUUUUUCUUGAUGCACGAGACAUUGCUAUGAACCACAGCAUGCGAUAUUUCUACAAAAGCCUCGUUUAUCUGCAGGGCGUGGAAAAGAACCUGAAUAAGAACUGCACGAGUUCUGGUUAUCCCGAACUAUGCUUCUUCCCACAAUACGUUUUGCCAUACAUCAAGACGCCCUAUUUCAUCUUGAACACGGCUUAUGAUGUGUAUCAAUUUCAUCACAUUUUGGUGCCUCCGGCUGCUGAUCCCCAUGGCCACUGGUACCAUUGCAAGCUUAGCCCGAAAGAUUGUAAUGCAGUCCAGAUUGCUACUUUGCAAGGAUUCAGGAGAUACAUGCUUGAAACGCUGCGGCCGUUUUACAUGAACUCAACAAGUAGAGGGAUGUUUAUAAACUCUUGCUUUGCUCAUUGCCAGAGUGAAUCACAGGACACUUGGUUCGCACUCGACUCUCCAAGAGUACUCAAUAAGACCAUCGCACAAGCCGUUGGUGAUUGGUACUUCAGCAGAAGGAUAAGCAAGGAGAUAGACUGUGCAUAUCCUUGUGAUAGUAGCUGCCAUAAUCAGUUGAGCUGAUAUGUAGAUUCUGGAAUUCUUUUAUACAAAGAAGCAGCAUAUAUAGAAGGGUAUUCUUUAAACACAGGAUUUCCAUUCUUCAAGGAAGCAGCUUGGACACAUUCAAAUUUAGGCCUUGUAGCAUAUAGUUAUACUACAGAUUAAUUGUGGUGUGACCUUUUCUUUGUAAAUGAUGAGAUUUAGACUUCACUUUGCCCCCUCCACAUUGGAGGGAGAAAUUUAUAUCAAUAAUUAUUUGCUAAUUUGA